UUGGCCGAAGUAGAUCCUUUAGCGAAGAGAGCGGGGAAGUCGAGCCCUUUAGUCAAUCUUAUUAGACGCCUUAAAUGGCACUUUCUCUCCCUUAUUAUUAUCUUCUCCGAAGGGAAUUAUGAAAGUCAGAUUUUACAGCUAUAUGAGAUGAAAAAAGUGAGUGCUCGAAAGAGAUUGAGCAAGUCCAAGGAUCUCAUUCUCCAAAGCCCCAACCCGAAGGCCGAAUUCUAUGGUAGAGAGCUGACGCAUUACAACGCAAAGCGGCCUUUCCCGAAGAGCUCCUUCGGAGAGGAGGGAAUCGAUCUACUCCAGAUUGACUUCAACUUCAACAAGUUCUUACUCACGAAC